AUGGCUGCAAGCUUUGUGAGAAGGCGUCUGCAACGUCGUCGGCGAAGAACUAUACGUGUGCCUAGGAGGAUCUUGGAUCGUUCAAAUCCACUGGAAGGUUUAGGGGAUGGAGAGAUAUUUGAGAGAUAUAGGUUUUUCCCUGCGACUAUUUUCUUCAUUGUUGACAUGUUAAAAGAUAACCUUGCUUUCACGAAUCUACGAAAUAAUCCACUUACACCCCUUCACCAAGUCUUGGUCUCGUUGCGAUUUUUCGCAACAGGGUCUUUCUACAUCACAAUUGGAGACACUUUGAAUGUUUCAAAGAGUGCAGCUGGUAGGGCGAUAAGGCAUGUCACGGACCUUCUGUGCCAACUUACGAGGCGUUUCAUCAGCCUUCCCCGUGGAGAGGAGCUGCUGCAUAUCAAGGCAGCAUUCCAUAAGAUUGCCGGUGAGAAAGCUUGUCUGCACAUGACCAUGACCUUCACUUAUUCUGUAGCUUGA